AUGACUUCGACUUACCAGGAGACCGAUAGGCCUUCACCUACUUCUCUUCGCUUUCGUGCUCACGAUGCCGCCACUACCAGCCAACCGACGUCUGUUACGGCAGCUUCUGUGACCUCUUCUAUUGAUUACCCUACGAACUACUCGACCACCUCACUUGUUCGCGAGUCGUAUACGGAGACGGAUAUGCCUCUACUUAAUGGUACGCAUCACGGGGGGCAUGAGCUGCCUCGACUGCAAGCCAACGGACACCUGGAGAACGGUGACAACCUAGAGCCAAUCUUCGAAGAUGAUCCCGCGUCUUUCAAUCUAGUUUCUCCUCCGGCCGGCGAACAAGAGGUCUUUUCACUAGAGAACCAGACACUAGCGCUUUUCUCGAAAGGUCAUCUGCAAGUCAUCUUCGCCGACCCGAGCUACCUCUUCAAGUUCACGUCUUUUCUGGGCACGCACAGGCCGCAGUCCGUGCCCAUCCUUGUACACUAUCUCGAUUCCCUUAAAUCACUCCGAGCGAUCAAUUACGCGAACGCGAUCUGCGAGGGGCUUGACCCUGUGGAAGGAUACGAGUUUACGCAAAAGCCGGUCAAGCCGACGGUAAACAUCGCAUUGGAAGAGAGGGCAAAGGCGGCUUUCGAGGUCCUGGCGACCGAGGAGUUGCCCUCUUUCAUCACACAUCAGUACAUACAAGUGGUCAGCACGACCAUAACAGCCAGAAUAACGGGAUCGCUGUCCCCGGGUCUGCGCGAAGCUUCCGAUGGGUUGGCCGAGGUUUUCUGUCUGACGGAUCCUUCCAGACCAGACAACCCGAUCGUCUUCGCCUCAGAAGAAUUCAACCGGACGACGCAGUAUGGCAUGUCCUACGUUCUCGGCCGCAAUUGUAGAUUUUUGCAAGGACCCAACACAAAUCCACAUAGUGUACGGAGGAUCCGAGACUCCCUCAAAGCCGGCAGGCAGCAUCAGGAAGUCUUCCUCAACUAUCGGCGGGAUGGGUCUCCCUUUGUGAACCUCCUUAUGAUGGCUCCGCUUUCCGACAGCAGAGGCGUCGUUCGCUAUCAUAUCGGUGCACAGGUCGAUGUCAGCGGUCUGGUCAAAGAUGCCUCGGAAAUGGAGUCUCUGCGAAGGCUGCUAGACCUUCGCGCUCGUGGUGAAGAUCCGCCGGUCCCUGAAAAGCCAAACCCCGAGAAGAAUGACGAGUUGCGCGAACUGAGCGAGAUGCUCAACCAAGGCGAGCUGAGCACCAUCAGGAGACACGGUGGAAAGAUGCACCGCGAAGUCCAGGAAGAAGAUGUCGAAAGCGUGUCGUCCCACCAACCGCGCCUGUUGUUGAAGGACCCGGAUACCUUGACCCCGCCAAUUGGGAGUCCCAACGGUCGCCUUGGGGGUAUCUAUCAGCAUUAUCUACUUGUGCGACCGUAUCCAUCGCUGCGCAUUCUCUUCGCCAGCCCGGCGCAACGAUUGCCGGGCAUUCUGCAGUCACCCUUUCUUAACAAGAUAGGUGGUUCGCAGCGUGUACGGGACGAAUUGACGACAGCAUUUGCUGAGGGCAGAGGCGUGACUGCCAAAGUCCGCUGGAUCAGCAAAGGCGACGAGCAAGGCAAGAACAAAUGGAUCCAUUGCACUCCUUUACUCGGCCAGUCAGGGCAGAUCGGAGUGUGGAUGGUGGUGGUGGUGGACGACGAGAAGGGCAAUAACAGGUGGACAGGUGCAGGACGACUUCCACCACAAGUGGCCACGCCAGACAGGUCUCGGACUCCAGCCCCAGCAGCCAAUGGGCAUCGCACCGCGGAAUCAAGCCACCACGACUCUGGACCUAGCAACGGCGCACAUUCAGAGCGUAAUGGAGGAGGAAGUCUCGGGAGCGCCAGCGGCAGUGUCACAAGCCUGAGGAUUAUAUGA